UAUCGUUCCCCGAUCACAAAUGAUCUCACCUGAGACCAUCGCCGGCCUCAGGGACACUCUACAGUCUCCGGGAGAGACUAAUCCGCCAUGGAGAAAUCGGAAAACUCAACAACUUCUAGCCAUUCUUAUUUCGCAAAGAUCCAACCGUCCUAAAAAAAUCAUUUAUCUAGUUGGGAGUGAUAGGAACAAAAGAUUCUUCAGGGUGCUGAAGAUUGAUCGUUCAGAGCCAUCUGAGCUUCACAUAAGUGAAGAUCCCGUUGUGUACUCUCCUCAGGAAAUCAAGAGCCUCCUCCUUCAGCGAAGGCUAUCGCUCCACUGGUGGAUUGGCUAUUGUCGCCAAAGUUUAUGGAAUUGUUGGGAUUUAGUUUAAUUGACAUAGCUCUUUGUAUUUCAUUUAUUUGCAGGUACAAGAAGCUUCUGUCAAGUGUGGAUUUGACGAAAGAUUUAUUUUUACAGUUACACGUAUCCUAUAAUGCAAAGUUUGCAGAAGAACGUUUUGUCAUCUGGUGAGGAAGCGGUGCCCUAUGAUAACAUUUUUCUAUGGAAUACAUAUCUGACACAGCCUAUUCGAUCAAGGUGUAACCAACAACACUAUUUAGGAAUUUUAAGCAGGUACUCUUUAGCUUGACUUGUAACCACUAGAGUUAAAACUAUUCGUGGUUCAAUAUAUGGAAGAGACUUCAGUGUAACUCUAGUCUCCAGACGUUCUCGGCAUUUUGCAGGCACACGUUACUUGAAAAGGGGCGCGAAUGAUGUUGAAACAGAACAACUUGUUUUUGAUGAAGAAGCUGGAUCGAAAAAUGACCUCAGUGGUGCAGAUGCGAGGAUCAAUUCCACUCUUUUGGUCGCAAGAGACCUCGAAAUUUAGUCCCACGCCUGAUAUUUUCUAGGUAUGAUCCUACAUACGAGUCAACCAAAAUGCAUUUUGAAGACCUGGUGAGACGAUAUGGGAAUCCAAUUAUUGUGCUCAACUUAAUCAAGGUUUUCCCAGAAAGGCAGGGUAAAUGGAAGGCCACGACACAGUCUAGAGAGUUUCUGAAGUCUAUCCAACGAUACUACAGCAAUACGUACACCGAUGGUGAAAAGCAAGACGCCAUAAACUUAUUCUUGGGCUACAUUCAACCUCAGGACGGGAAACCUGCACUCUGGGAGCUGGAUUCUGAUUACUAUCUCCAUGUUGUAGGGAUUGGAGAUGAUAUUUUCCCUGGAAGCGGGGUCCUCUCCAUCCCGAAACCCAUGAGUGGUAUUGGAGUCAAUCUUGCACCAGUGCCAGCUUUCAGAGAGGACUUCUCACGGAAGAAGCCGGCUUCUUUUGACAAACUGAUCGAGCAGACGUGCAGUUCAAUAAAGAACGUAAGGCUUUGUAGCGAGACAGACCAAAGGCCAGGUGGCAGUACCGGAAGCACUGGUGUGGCUCCUGAUGCAGCUGAGAUUCAGCUCAAGAGCCCCAAUUGGCUGUUUGGUUCAAGAAAACCUGAAGAGAGUGGCUCUGCCACAAGACCUGGCGCAGACGAUAGUGAGAAAGGUGUGACCUCGAGUGAGAGAGAGUCAACGAUUUCUGCAACUUGGAACCAUCAUGAGGAAGGUAUCUUCCAAAGAGAUACCUAUCGAUGACAUCAACCAAUGUAGCCAAUGGUUGGUAUGGUGGUACUCUCCUCGGUGACCAAGAUGAAAACAGCGAAAUUUACAGACAUUGUGCUCAGUUCUGUCAGGUUCAGAUUUUUUUUUCUUGCUGAUUUGCAUCCACAGAUUAAUAGAUAUCUUUGAAUAAAACUCAGAGUUCCAUUUGUUUACAGUGGAACCGUUUGACAACGAUCAUGAGUUAGGGCAUCUCCAACCCCACUCUAUUUUCUCUUCUAAAAUAGAGUUCAGAGUAAAAAUAUUCUAGUGGUACUCUAUUUUCUACUCUACAAUAGUGUAAACCUAUUUUUAGAGUAAUUUUUUUAUGUUUUGUUCAUCACUCUAUUUUUCACUUUAAAAUAGAGUACCAUUAGAGCAACAUCCAACUCUAUUAUAGAUAGAGUUACUCUAUUUUUGAGUAAACCAUCGGAGAUAGUCUUACAACAGAGUUCUGCAGAAGUUCUCCACGUGAACACAGUCGAUGUAAUAAUAGACAUUGGAGAAGAAGAAACGGAGAUGGAAAAGGCCUUAAAUGAAUACGCU